UACCAGCACUGGUUGGAUAAAUGUGUCCCCCAUGUAACUCUAAGAUGGUGUUUUUGGCUGAUCUAUUUUGCUAUCUAUAUGAUUAGAGCUAUACUUCUUGAGGGAUGGUAUAUUGUAACAUAUGCAUUAGGAAUUUACUUGUUGAAUAUAUUCAUUGCAUUUUUAACUCCAAAAAUUGAUCCGGCUCAAAAUUUUGGAGCUGAUGGUAACUGUGAGCUACCUACAAAAGCAAAUGAGGAGUUUAGACCAUUCAUUAGAAGGCUUCCCGAAUUUAAAUUUUGGUAUAGCGCCACAAAGGCAGUUUCAAUUGGUUUGUUUUGUACAUUUUUUGACAUAUUCAACAUACCUGUUUUCUGGCCGAUACUUGUAAUGUAUUUCAUUUUGCUAUUCCUUCUCACCAUGAAGAGACAAAUUUUGCACAUGAUCAAGUACAAAUAUAUACCAUUUUCAUUUGGGAAAAUCCGAUACAAGGGAAAGGAUGAGAAAUCUGCUACUAAUUCAGAAAGCUUAUGA